AACGCGAUCGCUGCUGCAAUCCACGUCCGUACGCAUCGGUCACAGCACGUAUUCUUCACCAACUUACAUAAAAUGGCGAAACUCCUGGUCCUCGCCGCUUGCACGAGCGCCCUGGUGCAGCAGCCUGCAAGACGCAUCAGCCGGCGCGCAAUCAAAGUUCAGGCGCCCAACGCCAUCGACGCGAUGCUGUACCCGUAGCUGCGUCUGCUCGAUGGCGUGGAGUUGUCGGGCCAUCGACGCGACGUUGUCGCCGUCGACCGCGUCGGUUCGAUGGCGUGGAGGUUCACUGGUUGAUUUCCACGCAGGCAUAAGCUUGACGCCGCGCAUGGGCGUUGUGAAACCGGGCGACUUCAAGAACGGCCUCACCAUCGAGCGGGACGGCGGCGUCUGGAAGGUCCUGAAUUUCCAGCAGACGAAGACCGCGCGCCAGGCCGCGAUGGUCCGCACGAAGCUGAAGAAUCUCGUGAGCGGCACGACCGUCGAGGACACCUUCCGCAUGUCCGAGACCUUCCAGACGGCGCAAGUCGACACGAACGACGCCGUCUAUUCUUAUGAUGACGGCGAUUCCCUCGUUUUCAUGGACGCCGUCGACUUCGACGAAAUUACCAUCCCGAGGGAGUCCAUCGAGAACAUUGAUCUGGUGAAGGACGGCAUGACCGUGCAGAUCGUGAAAUGGGGCGACACGAUCGUCGACGUGCAACUGCCCACGUCCGAAACGUACGAGGUCACGUACACGGAGCCGGGCCUGAAGAACGCGGCGUCCACGGGCCAGUCCAAGGACGCGACCUUGGAGACCGGCGCCGUCAUCCAGGUGCCGCUCUUCGUCGAGAUCGGCGACGUCGUCAAGGUCAAGUGCGCCGAGCGCGAGUUCAUCGAGCGGGCGAAGAAGUAA